CGGUAUUCUAAGGGAUAACAAGUAAAGAUAUUUUUUAAUAUGUUUAAAUUGUUGCCAAUUCUGUGUUUGGCUUUUGUAGUCGUUAGUGCUUAUGAUUUUUCGGAUACAUAUUUUAAUCAAUACCUCUUCGAUGAAUAUGAAUAUUUGAACUCAAAUAUGCUGACUCGUCGUCGUCGCGAUGUAAGUGAAUUGGAUAAGGAUACUAAAGCUGAUGAUGAUCUGGAUGACAAAUUCCCUUGUGGUGGUGGUCGUUUUCAUGAUUAUAAAAAGGAUUUGACUUGCUGCGAAGUCAACAAACACGAUCCCAAUUAUUUCAGCAUGAUUCGUGAGACCAAGAAGCAGUGUGCCGUUAAAUUGAGAGCCAAUAACCCCGAUGUUGAAAACUUUGAUCCCUUCAAUUGUGAGCAUAUGGACAAAAUCAAGGAAUUAAUCAUUUGCGAAAGUGAGUGUGUGGCUAAGACUUUGGAAAUGCUCGAUGAGAAUGGUGAUAUAAAACGUGAUGUUAUCAUUGCCAACUACAACAAGCAACUCGCCAAGGAUACAGAAAUUCAACAUGAAGUUCUCGAAGGUUAUGUGGAUAAAUGUUUGGCCAAACUUAAGGAGAUGGAUCUUAAGCCUGCCAACAAAUGCAGUCGUGCUCCCAUGGAAUUACAGCAUUGCUUGUUCGGAGAAAUGGUCUCGGGUUGCCCCAAGGAAUCGCAGAUUAACAAUCACAGAUGCCAAAAAAUUCGUGAACGCUACAGCAAAGGUCAGUCUUUGGCUUUCGGCAAACAUACUUUGCAUGAUUUCCUCCAUCAUGGACGUCCUGGCCGCCAUGGUCAUCACUAGGCGGAGAAAAAAUGAACACAUGCAUACAAUUUUUUAGAAACGUGUGAAUCUAAAUGGAAUGUUCAAAUAAAAACGAAAUUUCCGAAAUGUA